AUGACGACAACUUCAACGCCAUCAUAUUUACCUCAAACUGAAUUCAACCAAACUAAUAUCUAUCAAUACGAUGAAGUACCGGAAAACAAGUCGUGGGCUGCUUCGUUGCCUGUAGCCAAGGGGUUGUAUAACCCCGAGUUGGAAAAAGAUGCUUGUGGUGUUGGUUUCACUUGCCAUUUAAAAGGCUCACCAUCUCAUAAAAUCGUUUCUGACGCGAAGAACUUGUUGUGCAACAUGACGCAUCGAGGCGGCGAGUUGAAUCCAAAAGAUGGUGAUGGUGCUGGUUUAUUAAGUUCUAUCCCUCACAAAUUCCUCAAGAGAGAAUUUCAAUACCACUGCAAUGUCGAGUUGCCCAAGAAAGGCCAGUAUGGUGUAGGUAAUUUAUUUUUCAAAAAGGAUGAUGUUGUGUUUGAAAAGUCGAGAAAGACUUUUGAAAGCAUUGCCGACUCGUUGGACUUGAAAGUCCUUGGCUGGAGAAAAGUUCCUCACGAUUCUUCAAUCUUGGGACCAGCGGCAUUAUCGAGAGAACCUUAUAUUUUGCAACCAGCAGUGGUCUUGAAAGACAUUAUCGGCUUGGACUUGUCCGAAGAAGAGUUCAACUCCAAGUUUCAACAAGAUUUUGAAAAAAAAUUGUUCAUUUUGAGAAAACAAGCUUCCCACACAAUUGGCUUACAUAAUUGGUUCUACAUUUGUUCGCUUUCUUCAAAGACUAUUGUUUACAAAGGUCAAUUGGCUCCAAACCAAGUUUACGCUUACUACCACGAUUUGGUCAACGCGGAGUACGAGUCCCAUUUUGCAUUGGUCCACUCGAGAUUCUCAACAAACACUUUUCCUUCAUGGGACAGAGCCCAGCCUUUGAGAUUGGCUGCCCACAAUGGUGAGAUCAACACCUUGAGGGGUAACAAGAAUUGGAUGAGGGCCAAAGAAGGUGUGAUGAAGUCCAAGUUGUUUGGCGACGAAAUGGAUAAAUUGUUCCCCAUCAUUGAAGAAGGCGGGUCCGACUCUGCCGCAUUUGACAAUGUCUUGGAGUUGUUGGUUGUUAAUGGUGUCGUUUCUUUGCCCGAGGCUGUGAUGAUGAUGAUUCCAGAAGCCUGGCAAAGCGACGAAUACAUUGACCCCAAAAAGAAGGCAUUUUACGAAUGGGCUGCCUGCUUGAUGGAGCCCUGGGAUGGACCUGCGUUGUUUACAUUUGCCGAUGACAGGUACUGCGGGGCUAACUUGGAUCGUAAUGGGUUGAGACCAUGUAGAUACUAUGUCACCGACGAUGACAGAAUGAUUUGUGCUUCCGAAGUUGGUGUUAUUGAGAUUGAACCUGAAAAAGUUUUGCAAAAGGGCAGAUUGCAACCAGGUAGAAUGUUGCUAGUUGACACCAAGGAAGGAAGAAUUGUUGAUGACAGGGAGUUGAAAAAUAAAGUGUCUUCUAAAUUUGACUUUAAGAGCUGGGUCUUGGCCAACAUGAUUACUUUGCAUGAUUUGACUGAAAAGUUAAAGUCGAGAUCGGUGGAUUUGAACUCGGCACCGGUGGACUCGACUUUGACCAUUCAAACCGAUCCUAGAUUGGUUGCUUCUGGAUACUCACACGAACAAAUCUUGUUUGUGUUGGCACCAAUGGCUGAGGGGAAUGAGGCCUUGGGUUCCAUGGGUAACGAUAAUGCCUUGGCUUGUAUUUCGGAGCAGCCAAAAUUGCUCUAUGAGUAUUUCCGCCAAUUGUUUGCUCAAGUUACAAACCCUCCUAUUGACCCUAUUAGAGAAAAGAUUGUCAUGUCCUUGGAAUGUUAUGUUGGUCCACAAGGUAAUCUUUUGGAAAUGAAACCAGACCAGUUGAACAGGCUUCUCUUGAAGUCUCCAAUCUUGGACAACUCGGAAUUGUUGGCCAUCAAGAAUAUGCAAAAAGUUUACCCUAAAUGGUCAGUUGCCAACAUUGACAUCACUUUUGAGAAAACUGAAGGUAUUCAAGGAUACAUCAACACCAUUGACAGAAUUUGUCAAGCUGCUUCAAAGGCUAUUGCCGACGACAACCAAGUCAUUAUCUUGAGUGAUGUCUCUACCAACGCCGAGAGGUUACCAAUCUCAGCUUUGAUUGCCGUGGGUGCAGUUCAUCACCAUCUCGUUAGGCAAAAGCAACGUUCCAAGGUUGCCUUGAUCAUUGAAACCCUGGAGGCAAAAGAAGUGCACCAUGCAUGUUGUUUGGUUGGAUAUGGUGCAGAUGGUAUCAACCCAUACUUGGCCAUGGAGACUUUGGUGAGAAUGAAACAGCAGGGUUUGUUGAAAAACGAAAGCUUGACAGAAGAAAAGAUUAUUGAAAAUUACAAGAGCUCCAUCGAUGCUGGUAUCUUGAAAGUGAUGUCAAAGAUGGGUAUCUCCACUUUGGCCUCCUACAAGGGUGCACAAAUUUUCGAAGCUCUUGGUAUCGACAAUUCAGUCAUUGACCGAUGCUUUGCCGGUACCGCCUCGAGAAUCAAAGGUGUCACCUUUGAGUACAUUGCUCAAGAUGCAUUCACCUUGCACGAUAGAGGUUACCCCACCAGAGACACAGUCAAGCCCAUUGGUUUACCAGAGACUGGUGAAUACCACUGGAGAGACGGUGGAGAUGCACACAUCAAUGACCCAGCAGCCAUCGCGUCUUUGCAAGAUGCCGUGCGUAACAAGAAUGAACGCGCUUUUGAUGCAUACUGUAAAAAGGAGAAUGAAGCAGUUCGAAACUGUACUUUGCGUGGGUUGUUGGAUUUUGAUUUUGAAGGCUCUACACCUGUGCCAUUGGACCAAGUUGAGCCAUGGACCGAGAUUGUUCGUCGUUUCUUUACUGGUGCCAUGUCCUAUGGUUCCAUUUCAAUGGAGUCCCACUCAACAUUGGCAGUUGCUAUGAACCGAUUGGGCGGCAAGUCCAACACCGGUGAAGGUGGUGAAGACGCUGCUAGGUCGCAGGUUAGUGAAAAUGGCGACACCAUGAGAUCAGCUAUCAAGCAAGUUGCCUCUGGUAGAUUCGGAGUCACUUCGUACUACUUGGCCGAUGCCGAUGAGUUGCAAAUCAAGAUGGCUCAAGGUGCAAAGCCAGGUGAAGGUGGUGAGUUACCAGGCCACAAGGUGUCUGCCGAGAUUGGAAAGACUAGACACUCUACUCCAGGUGUUGGUUUGAUUUCUCCACCACCACAUCACGAUAUCUACUCCAUUGAAGAUUUGAAACAGUUGUUGUACGACUUGAAGUGUUCCAACCCAAGAGCACGUACUUCAGUCAAGUUGGUUUCUGAAGUUGGUGUCGGUAUUGUUGCCGCAGGUGUUGCCAAAGCCGGUUCCGAAAACAUUUUGGUCUCUGGAGGUGACGGUGGUACUGGUGCUGCCAAGUUGACUUCCAUCAAGUAUGCCGGUUUGCCAUGGGAAUUGGGAUUGGCUGAAUCUCACCAAACGUUGGUUUUGAACGACUUGAGAGGAAGAGUUGUUUUGCAAACCGAUGGUCAAAUCAGAACAGGUAGAGAUAUCGCCAUUGCUUGUUUGUUGGGUGCCGAAGAAUGGGGUUUUGCAACCAGUCCCUUGAUUGCCAUGGGUUGUAUUUACAUGAGAAAGUGCCACACUGGUGCUUGUCCAGUUGGAAUUGCUACCCAAGACCCAGAAUUGAGAAAGAAGUUUGAAGGUACCCCCGAGCACGUUAUCAACUUUUUCUACUACUUGGCAAACGACUUGAGACAAUUUAUGGCCAAGUUGGGUUUCAGAACCAUUGCUGAGAUGGUGGGCCGUGCCGAGAAGUUGAAGGUUCGCGAAGAUUUCAGAAACACCAAGAAUGCAAACAUUGAUUUGUCGCCAAUACUUACUCCAGCCCACACCAUUAGACCUGGUGUUGCCACCCAUUGUGUUAGAAAACAGGACCACAGAUUGCAUGUUAGAGUUGACAACAAGUUGAUUGAUGAGUCUGAACUCACCUUGGCCAAAGGUUUGCCCGUGACCAUUGAUUGCGACGUUGUCAACACGGAUCGUUCAUUGGGAACAACUUUGUCGUACAGAGUUUCCAAGACUUUUGGUGAACAAGGCUUGCCUCACGAUACCAUCCACGUCAAUGUUACUGGUUCUGCAGGUCAAUCGUUUGGAGCCUUUUUGGCUUCAGGUGUCACGUUGGAAUUGGAAGGUGACGCAAAUGACUACAUUGGUAAAGGUUUGUCCGGUGGUAGAAUCAUUGCCUACCCACCAAAAGAAUCCAAAUUCAAAGCUGAGGAUCAAAUCAUUGCUGGUAACACCGCUUUCUUUGGCGCUACGUCGGGGUCGGCUUUCAUUAGAGGCAUUGCUGCAGAACGUUUUGCCGUUAGAAACUCUGGUGCCGUUAUUGUUGCCGAAGGUACCGGUGACCACGGGUGUGAGUACAUGUCUGGUGGACGAGUUGUUAUUCUUGGCCCAACUGGUAGAAACUUUGCUUCUGGUAUGUGCGGUGGUAUCGCUUAUGUGUUGGACAUGGCUCAAGAUUUCACAGACAAGGUCAACAAGUCCAACGUUGAAAUCUCGCUGGUUACCGAGACACAGGAGAUUGCCUUUUUGAGAAACUUGAUUGAAGAUCAUCGCCACUACACGGGAUCUGAGAUUGCCGAUAGAAUCUUGAAUGACUUUAACAGGUAUUUGCAAAGAUUUGUCAAGGUCUUGCCAUACGACUAUAAAAAAGUGUUGGAGAAGGAAAAGCAAGUUGCCGACGAGGCCAAAAAGAAGGAGUUGAGCACUUUUUUGAAAUCAAUCAAGGAGGACCCCGAGUCGGACGUUACAAACGGCGAGGCUUACAAGAUCAAAAAGGGACACGUUCACCGCAUCCAAGAAAAAGAGCCAAAUGUUGCCGAUGUCGAAGACACUAUUUUCAACACUGAAUUUGAAAAGAAGGCAGUGGUCAAGUUGGACAAGGUUAGAGGUUUUAUGAAGUACAAGAGAAGACACGAAAAGUACAGAGACGCCAAGGAGAGAACCAAGGACUGGAAAGAAAUGACCUCGAGAUUGACCAAGGAUGAAUUGCAAUACGAGACGGCUAGAUGCAUGGAUUGUGGUGUUCCUUUCUGUACCUCGGACACUGGUUGUCCAAUCUCCAACGUUAUUCCAAAAUGGAACGAGUUGGUCUUUAACAACAGAUGGUGGGAUGCUUUGCAGAGAUUGUUGAUGACAAACAAUUUCCCAGAAUUUACCGGGAGAAUCUGUCCAGCACCCUGUCAAGGUGCCUGUGUCUUGGGUAUAAUCGAUGAUCCUGUCAAUAUCAAGUCUGUUGAAUGUGCCAUUAUUGACCAUGGGUUUGAGCAAGGGUGGAUCAAGCCUUGUCCACCAGCCACCAGAACCGGUAAAACUGUUGCUGUUAUUGGUUCUGGUCCAGCCGGUUUGGCUUGUGCCGAUCAAUUGAACAAGGCUGGCCACUUGGUGACGGUUUACGAAAGAAGCGACAGAGCUGGUGGUUUGUUGAUGUACGGUAUUCCAAACAUGAAGUUGGACAAGGGAAUCGUCAAGAGGAGAACCGAUUUGUUGGCAGCUGAAGGCAUCACUUUUAUCUGCAACACUACUGUGGGUGAAGACGUUCUUGUUGAAGAGUUGCAGGAGAGCUUUGAUGCAGUGGUUUUUGCUGUUGGUUCAACAAUCCCAAGAGACUUGAAGAUCCCAGGAAGAGAGUUGGAAAACAUCAACUUUGCCAUGCAAUUGUUGCACAAGAACACAAAGGCGCUCUUGGACGACCAAUUGGCUGACAUUCGCCAGCAGUUGGAAGGAAAGAAUGUUGUUGUCAUUGGAGGUGGUGACACCGGUAACGAUUGUUUGGGUACCUCAACGCGUCACGGAGCCAAGUCCGUCACCAACUUUGAGUUGUUGCCUCAUCCGCCAGCAGCCAGACCAAAGGAUAACCCAUGGCCACAGUGGCCAAGAAUCUUUAGAGUGGACUAUGGCCACACCGAGGUCUCAACACACUAUGGCAAGGACCCAAGAGAAUACUCCAUCUUGUCCAAGGAGUUUGUUGGCGACGAAGAAGGUAAAGUCAAAGGUAUCAAGACCGUUAGAGUCGAAUGGAAACGUUCCGAUCUGGGAGCAUGGCAGAUGGCUGAAGUUCCAGGCAGCGAUGAGUUUUUCCCCGCGGAUGUGGUCUUGUUGUCGAUGGGUUUCAUUGGUCCCGAGUCGGACAAUUUGAAUGUGACCAAGACCAAGAGGGGAACCAUUAGUACAGUUGAUCCAAAUGUUUACAAGGUCGAUAACGACUCGAACUUGUUUGCCGCUGGUGACUGUAGAAGAGGCCAGUCAUUGGUUGUUUGGGGUAUUCAAGAAGGUAGACAGUGUGCCAGAGAAGUUGACGAGUAUUUGAUGGGAGCCACUCGCUUACCUGGAAAUGGAUCAGUUGAACAAAGAAAUUACAAAUUGUUGGAGGAGUUGGCUGAAAAGGUAUAG